CAAUGCCAUAUAACGUUUAUGAAUGAACGCUGUAUGCAGGUAUGAUGUCUGUGCAAUACUAGUGGUUGACUUUCACGGAUUUUCAACCCAAAAAAUAUUCGUGAGUAUCAUUGAAGCCCUAUUACUUCGUCUUUGACAUGUUGAAAUGCCAGUAGGCCACAGAUGAAACCACAUGUGCUCACAACGGAGGCCUGUCUGCAAUCUGACGAUUUUGAAUCAGUUGGGGAGAGACUGCAGGAGGGUGGCAUCCAGCCCUGGUGAUGACGAGGCCGUCAUUUUGUAAAGACGGAUGAUAGCAAAAUGUGAUGCACUUCAGAAAAAUGGACACAAAGGAACCCGGGCUGAAUUGUCACCAGAGAGUCAACAAGGAACCGUUCAUUUGUGUUACCUGUGGUAAAGCCUUUACAUGGCAAAGUGAUCUCAGCAGACAUAGGAGGGUUCACACUGGUGAGAAACCCUUUGUUUGUGGGACGUGUGGUAAAGCCUUUACUGCCAGAAGUAAUCUACGCAAACACGACAGGGUGCACAUUGGCGAGAAACCAUGUGUUUGCGAGACUUGUGGUAGAGCUUUUUCCCUGCAAAGUAAUCUGAACAAGCAUAAAAAGGUGCACACUGGCGAGAAACCUUUCGUUUGUGAGACCUGCGGUAAAGCCUUUUCGAGGCGAAGUUAUCUACGCGUUCAUGACAGGAUCCAUACAGGAACAAAACCAUUCGUUUGUGAGACCUGUAGUAAAGCCUUUUCUCAGCGAUGUCAUCUUGACGCACAUAUCAGGGUGCACACUGGCGAGAAACCAUUUGUAUGUGCAACCUGCGGCAAGGCGUUUUCUCAGCGAAGUGAACUACACACACAUAGCAGGGUUCACACUGGCGAGAAACCAUUCAUUUGUGCGACCUGUGGUAAAGGCUUUUCUCAUCGCGGUGAUCUCCGUGUACAUGACAGGGGGCACACUGGUGAGAAACCGUUUAUUUGUGCGACCUGUGGUAAGGCCUUUUAUCAGCGAAGAGAUCUACACACACAUAGCAGGGUCCACACUGGUGAGAAACCGUUUGUUUGUGAGCCAUGCGGUAAAGCCUUUCCCAAACAAAGUUCCUUACGAAGACAUGAAAAGAUUCACUCCAGAGAGAAAGCCAGUGUUAAAAGCUCUUCUAACCAAGGAUGUGUAAUUGAGGUCAACAAUAGUGAAGUUUUGUUUUCAGUACCUCUUGCAAACCCUUUGCGUAAAGAAGAUCUCUGAACAUACCAAGAAACUCAAUGCAGCUAAUUUGUGUGAGUUGGGUGGAGUCAUAUGUACGACCUAGUUUGGCAGACAGGUUGGCCUUCCAAAUUGUGUUAAAGCCUUUAUGUCACUAAUAGUCUUAAAAGCAUGACGGGGUGCACACCGAUAAGAAACUAUUUGCUUGUGGGACCUGUGGUAAAGCCUUUACGACACUAGGUUUUCUUCAACGACAUGACAGGAUUCACGCUGGUAAGAAACCAUUUGCUUGUGAGACCUGUGGUAAAGCCUUCCCUUCACAGAGUAAUCUACAUGGCCAUUAAAUAAAGGACAUG